AUGCCAACUGCUUCUGUUGGAAUGGCUAUCAAUCAACCAACUUCUACUCUCCAACCUCAGCAAACAUCAAUUCAAGUUACUCCUCAACGCCGAGUAACAACACCCCAGCAACAAAAACAACAUGCUGACGGACGUUCACUUUCAACCGUAUCAACAGCAGCAGCUACUACUGCACUCUUCUCUGGCACAGCCAUCUCUUCUUGUACAAUUCCACUUGUACAACCAGCUUUCAUGGAAAUAGAGGUAACUGAAUGUUUACCCAGGUCAUUUCCAUACUACCUUAUUACGGUACUAUUAACUGUAUGUUAA